GUCCCGUGCAGAGCAGACCAGCUCUGGUGCUCGUCUUUGUGGCGGGGGGUGUCGUGUGCCUUUUGGAGCACUUCUGCACGUUGUGUGCUCGGCUUGUGCGGGGAAGCCAGGUGACCUAGGACCUUCUUUGGCUGCUCAUUUGGCACGGUGCACAGCUCUUUUGCGUCGCGCGUGGACACCAGAGUCAGAUGAGCGCCUGUUGGUGCACACGACAGGUCAGCGCUACUCUCGCCGUACGCUUUCCGCCGCGUCCUUGGAGAUGCAACGGCGUUCGGAUGUGGGGAGCCGAGACUCUAUAAGAAGAGGUCCGCCAUCUCCUCUCCUCUCAGUUUCUGCCCACUCUCUGCAACUCAACCUCACAUCACAGUCACAACCACAACCACAACCACAAAGCUAAGCAACAAUGGCGACCAAGGGAAAGAUCGACCCCCGCGAGAGGGACAUGAACGUCCCAAAGGAGCAGACUGUCGCCAUCUUUAGGCAGAAGGGCGGUCCUCUCUCCGUCGAGAAGGCGCCCGUGCAGAAGCCCCAGAAGGGCGAGGCACUCGUCCACGUCAUCUACAGCGGCGUCUGCCACACCGAUCUGCAUGCCAUGUUGGGCGACUGGCCCCUCGACAACAAGCUCCCCUUGAUCGGAGGACACGAGGGUGCUGGCGUCGUUGUCCAGCUCGGUCCCGGUGCCGACGAGUAUGUCAAGGUCGGUGACAGGGUGGGCAUCAAGUGGCUUGCCGACUCGUGCCUCAAGUGCGACCAGUGCCGCCGCGGACACGAGCCCAACUGCUCCCAGGCCCAGUGCUCGGGCUUCACCAUGGACGGCUCCUUCCAGCAGUACGCCAUCGCAUCGGCACGCCAUCUCACGCCUAUUCCUGACUCGCUUGACCUGGAGACGGCCUCGCCACUGCUUUGUGCAGGUGUCACCGUCUACCGUGCCGUCAAGGAGGCCCGCCUCACGCCCGGCGAGACCGUCGCCAUCGUCGGUGCCGGUGGUGGUCUUGGUCACCUGGCCGUCCAGUACGCCGUCAAUGCUGGCUACCGCGUCAUUGCCAUCGACUCGGGCGCUGAGAAGGAGAAGCUCGCCCGCUCUCUGGGCGCCGAGGCCUUCGUCGACUUUGCAAAGGAGAAGGACCUCGUCCAAGCCGUCAAGGACACGACUGCCGACAAGCAGGGUCCCUCGGCGGCCAUUGUCGCCGCUAGCGGCGGAAAGGCCUACGAGCAGGCCCUCGACUACCUCCGGCCCCGCGGCACCCUCGUGGCCGUCGGACUUCCUCCUGACACCAACAUCCAGGCCAACGUCUUCUUCACCGUCUUCAAGGCCCUCCACAUCGUCGGCAGCUACGUGGGCAACCGCCAGGAUGCCAUCGAGAGUCUCGACAUUGCCGGCCGCGGCAAGGUCAAGGUGAUCCACAAGACCGUCGGCCUGAGCAGCCUGCCUGAUAUUUACGACCAGAUGCAUGCUGGAAAGAUUGCCGGCAGGAUCGUCCUUGACCUUGACAAGUGAUCCACCGUGCCACUGGCUGCAGAUGUGACUCUUCUUACUUAAGGCUUCCUCCAUGAUCAAAUUGAAUAUGAAGCCAAGGGCUUUCUUGAAAACGAUUGGAGACCACUUGGAGGUGAGGGCUCUCCUCUGAUGGUCCGCGCAAACGUGCACAUGGAUGGUCUCUGUGUCACCACUCACGGUGAAGGUGUUGGCAUCUAAUGGUAUCAUCACGUGAUAUCACAGGGUCGAAGCGCCGAAAAAUUG